AUGCUUCACAACAACAUGAUGGAUCCAUCCCAUGAUGGCUCCGACCCACACAACACGUCAGGACACAAUCUAGGCCAACAGGCUCCAGAAAAGGAACCACUCACAGUGAUACCACUAAAUAUUCGUCAAGUAAUAAGCUGUCCAGCUGUUUCACUCACAAAAUUUUCUCUAAACAUUCCGAACGCUCCCAAACAAAAGAUCCUUGACCAGAUUACGGUUGUCGGACAAGUUAUUAAAUUCCACAAGACUGCUCAAAAUCGUAUGGAUUUGUUCAUUGAUGAUGGCACUGGCAGAAUUUGUGUACGAUGUUACUUGGAUUUUAAGAAAUUUGAAAUUGAGCCAAAUAUGUUUGUACGAGUUUUCGGAAGUAUUGCUUGUGAUGAUAAAACUGGAACUAGGUAUAUUUUGGGAGCUAACAUGUCUUAUGUAAGCGACUUCAAUGAAUUUACAACACACUUGUUAGAUUGUAUUGUUGCCCAUCUUCAUUAUCAAUUUGGGCCUCUUUCAAAACAAGGAACAAGAGAAGCUCACAAUCAUACGAGCAUUCAACAGCCAGAAGACAUUAUUCCCAUCGUGUAUGACCUCAUUGUGCAGCAUGGGGACAUUUCUUUUGAAGAUUUAUUGCAAGCAUCUGGAGUUGGCUAUGAAAACCUCGUUUCAGCUCUCGAAAAAUUGUUUGGAGCUUCACAUGUUGAGGCUGUUCCUGGCACGCAUGACAGAUAUAGACCCGUCCAACAACCCUAUCAAUAG